AUGCUUUGUGUCCUUGCAGGGAUCAAAGCUGAACCUGUUUCCAAUGUCCUCCUGCGGGAACUUUCGAUAAUUGUCAAUGAUGUUUUGUCUGACGUGCCCACCCACAUGUUCGCGGUUUUCUCAUCCCGCCAGCCGGCCCCUGCUCGCUGUUGUCGUGUUACGUUAUUUCCUGCACACAAUCUCAUUUUUGCUAUCCACUGUGCGAACCUUCCGGUUCUACCUACUCUAACACCAGCAAUCGCAGAGUGCACAGGCCAAGAGAUUAAAGUGCCAGUGGUUCCGUUGUGCAUCCCUGCCCCUGAGAUCUUCCCUCAACUCUCCGCAUUCCUAUAUAUGAAGUGUAUCGACCACCUUCUUGGGUCACUUAUGCCACUACCCACCCCACCCCAACUCUACCUCGAUGAUCCUACCACUCGUCACAUUACCAAAGUGCACAGCACGUGGCGCAAUACAAUUGCACUAGGCAUUGCCGACGAACGGCUCUGGUGUACCCUUGAUACAGCAUGGGAAGUGCUCUUCACGUCCCUCGCAAUUUCCAUGGGAAAGCCUAGCCUCACCUCAUGA